AUGGCGUUUCCGUGGAUUCUGGAGCCAGAAGACGAAAGUGCUCUGAGUCCGUUCGAGCUGAAAAUGAGACAUUUGCUCUCGCUCACGUUCCGCUUCGUUUUAGCGGUUUUCACCGUUUCGCAUUUGUUUGAUUUCAUGUUCUCCAGGUUGGUUUUCAGUCUUUCCCUCUUAUUUGUUCCAUUUAUUUUCAGUAUCUGGAUGCACGGAUACGUGUGGACGCUGAACCUGCCCAUCGAUUUGGACAUGACGGAUAAACCGGCGGGCGCACUCGUUCGGCACCAAUUGGAUAACAUGGGACACUUUGAGCGAACUCUCCAGUCCGUUCUCAUCGUUCUCGCCGUCGUAAUGCUCCUUUUGUGAGUUUCUCUUUUCAUGUAAUCCAAUUUUCCUGUUUCUCGAAGAUAAUGACCCAAAUCUGCUGCGCAUUCGAAAGAGCAUACAGUGAAACCGAAAACGUUCACCUGACAAUUUAUGGAUAAUUCUGGAGAUUUUUAGAUUGUAUCUCUACUUGAAACUACUGUUUCAGAGCGCAAGGAUACACUCGGAAGGCCGGCAGAACUGUGUGGGACCUCUUCCGAACGUCGGCAGUCGUCGGAUUGAUCUGUGGACUGGUCCGGCCGGUUCAGGUACUCGAAUCCUCCCAAUUUCCCCUCGAACUCCUCGUUUUCAGCUGCAACAACGCUUUUUCUCGAGUCUCCACGAAGGAUUCUACUGCUAUUUCCUCUUUUUCGUCACCUCUUUCAUUCUGACGAUUCGAUUUGAUGAGACGAUUGAGAAAGAGACGAUUUCAUGUGAAAAUGGCAAGAAAACACAAUGA